AUGCCCGCAGAAGAGCGUCGAUCAACUCUAAACCUUUGCGGACCACAAGCCACAGCCUUCAUGGACCGCUGCGAGUUCAUCAGCCUUGGCUGCUACUGUGCACCGUCUUAUGCACUUCAACUCUUGGGUCUACGCAAGAAUUCAUACCCGUUUGACUGGACGCGAAGCUCUUUGGAGGGCAUCAUGCACUGCAUUGAUAUGAAGUUCGAGGAUUUCUUGACCUAUUCAACUUACCAAGUGGUGGAUCAGCAUGUGGUUUUCGGAGGAACCCGAUGGGGUGGAAGUUUCUGGCACCACAACUUAGAAGCGCCAAUGACCAUUGAAGACAUGACUCGAAGGGUACGGCGAUUCCUGGGGCUGGGCGAUGUGCCCGGCAAGGUCCCGCGAGUGUUUGUGCGGAUUGUCAACUCUACCAGAGAACUCCGGCAAGUCGUGCGGCUGCGACAGACGCUGAAGGAUGCGUUCCCUGAAGCACAGGAGAUCUACUUGCUCCUCCUUGUGGAGUUGCAGGGGGAGCGCGGUCCGAUCGUGGUGAACGCGCCGGAAGGCGAGGGCGUGAUGAUCUUCAGCUUUACAGAGGAGGAGUUCCGCCAAGUACCCGCGCCAGGGCGCCAUCCCCUGGCCCUUUCAGGGGCACGCUGCUGCGAGGCUGUCGCUGCCGCAGUGAAGUUUUGGUCUCGGGAUGGAAUAGACGGAUUGAACCUGAAAACCUAUGAAUCCUUCGCGCAGCUGUCAUCCAACAUUUACCAGUUCGACGGGGGAGAUCCAGCAAGGGAGUUGUUCGUGCCUCGUCGCUUCUGGGGGCAGCAGAUGAACAUCUUCGGAACAGAGUCCGUAGCUCUGGCCAAGUUGCUCUCCACGGUGCAACAGCAAGCCUUUAUGCUGCCAGCUGGUGUGGACGUGACGAAGCCCUUUCCAGUCCAGUGCUUUGGACGCUACCUCCAG